AUGUACACCACAUUUCUGCUAGACAUACAAGAUUUUCAGGAGCAGGAAAGGAGAGCAUUAAACUAUGUAGCUGAAGGCAUCCUGUGUUUUGAAAAUCCUUUAAAUAUUUUCCAUAUAAGUGUAGCAAUCCAAGACAUUAAUGAUAAUGCUCCACAAUUCUUAAAGAACAAUAUCAGGCUUGAAAUAAUUGAAUCCACAUUACCAGGGGCCACAUUUUUUAUUGGAAGAGCAGAGGACCCUGACAUAGGAAAGAACUCACUUCAGAUUUAUGAAUUAAGCUCAAAUCAGUUUUUCUUACUGGAGGUUAAAGAUAGUCAAGUCGGACAUAAAUAUGCAGAACUGGUGCUACAGAAACCACUUGAUCGGGAGAGUGACCACUCCCUCCAGUUGAUCCUUACAGCCCUGGAUGGGGGUGAACAAAAAAAAUCUGGGACUGCUCAGAUAUGGAUUAAUAUUACUGACGCCAAUGACAACCCACCCAUCUUCAUGCAAGAUAUCUACAAGGUCAGCAUGCAAGAAAGUGUUCCUGUUGGAUCCCUUCUGCUCCAGGUUGCAGCCACAGAUAAAGAUGAUGGUAUAAAUGCUCAAAUUGAAUAUUAUUUCAGUAGCAUACCAACAACUGCCCAAAAGAAAUUCAGGCUGGAGCCGCACAGUGGAAAAAUUACCAUUAAGGAAAAUCUUGAUUUUGAGGAAACAGAGAAAUACACUAUGGCGGUAGAAGCAAGAGAUGGAGGGGGAUUAGUGGCUCACUGCAAGAUUGAUGUAAAGAUACUUGAUGAGAACGACAAUGCCCCUGAGAUGACUAUUGCCUCCUUGUCUAGCCCAGUUCCUGAAGAUGCUGUUCCUGGCACAGUGAUUGCUCUUGUCAAUGCAAAAGACAAAGAUUCUGGAGAAAAUGGGAAAAUUACAUGUUCCAUACAAGGUAACUGGCCCUUUAAAAUGUUAUCCUCCUCUAACAAUUACUACAAGCUCCUCACAGAUGGUCCCUUGGACAGAGAGAGAAAACCAGAGUAUAACAUCACAAUCAUUGCCACCGACAAAGGCACCCCAUCUCUCUCUUCAAACAAAACUAUCUAUCUCCAGAUUUCAGAUAUCAAUGACAACUGUCCUGCCUUUGAAGAAGGGGCCUACAAUGUCUUUGUGCCAGAAAAUAAUCCCGCAGGAGCCUCCAUUUUCAUGAUCAAAGCCUCUGACCCAGAUCUGGACCACAAUGCACAGAUCACUUACUCCAUCCUCAACAGCAACAUUGAGGAGCUGCCUCUCUCCUCUUUUGUCUCCGUGGGUGGGCACCCACAAAGGAAGGGAUUACAGGAACCCGAGGACUGUUGUCAUUCUCAUCCAAAAUAA